UAUUUAUAUGUUGAUAUGUUCGUGUGUGUGUGUGUGUGUGUGUGUGUGUGUGUGUGUGUGUGUGUCAAAAAGCACAUAUACAACAUCCCAAAUAUCUAUUUUUGUUUAAUAAGCCUUGUGCCUAUGGUGAAAACCCGCCACGCAGGGGAUCGCUCCAUUGUCUUCGCUUCCAGUAAGGCUUUCUGAGUAUUGACCUGGAUGUCUGAACAGAAUAAAUGAGAGCCAUACGCAGUUGCAUUUGUAAUGACACUGCACCGAUAUAACGCCGCUAACACAAUGCUUCUCAAACGGCCAUUUUUGAUUUCCAGCUGUUCGUUGAAAAUGUCUUCGCCCGUUAACAACCCGUUAAGAUAAAUCAAACUGCGCUGUCGACAUCCCAAGAUAGAAUUCGGUAUAUGGUUCCGUUCUAGCCUAUAUCUUUUUUGUUUGACCACGUGAUUGUCUAAAUAAUUAAUGCAGCACGUCCCCUAGAAACACGGCGUCGUCAUUAAUCGCAAGGACUCUAUCAGACUUGAAAACUGAAGAGAUCCAAGAAAAUAAUAUCCAAACGGUCCUGUAUCUCACCCCAUCGCAACCUGGACACUCGUACAGCUUUUCAGCCAAUGGAGCAUCGGUCGCCGUCUAAAUUAUGAAGAUCGCUUGAGGAGAAACAGAGGAGAGAAAACCACAGACUGCGGUCAAAGGACAGAAAAUCUGUGGGAAGCUCCUAUCACGUGAUUGACAAGUCCAUGCAACUGGACAGGGGUUCACAGGCUCUCUUAGUUUGAACCUUCGCAAUGCAGAAAGCCACUUAUUAUGACAAUGCUGGACUUUUCGGAGGAUAUUCGUACCCUAAAUCUGACUCCUAUACAUAUGGUCCUACACACCAAGGCUUCUCAUCCUCCAGCAUGGAGAACGACUUUCAAAAUCCAAUCUGUCCCAUCCAAACCACGUCAAUCCGGCCACCAGCACAUAAAAAUGGAGACAUCAGUGGCAGCUGUAUGCGACCGAGUGCCAGCCAGGGCAACAGCCAAACAGAGAGUAUCAGUGAGCAGCAGCAAGCCGCUCCUUUAGCAGCCAGCUCACCCAGCCCUAACAGCAGCUCCACACAAAAAAAGAAAUCUCCCAGCACCACUGGCUCCAGUACUGCCACCCCAGUCAUAGCCAAGCAAAUUUUCCCUUGGAUGAAAGAGUCACGCCAAAACGCAAAGCAGAAAAGCACCAACUGCCCAGCUGCAGGAGAAAUCUGCGACGACAAGAGUCCACCCGGCCCUGCCUCGAAACGAGUGCGCACUGCCUACACCAGCGCCCAGCUGGUUGAACUGGAGAAGGAGUUUCAUUUUAAUCGCUACCUGUGUCGGCCCAGAAGAGUGGAGAUGGCUAAUCUGCUCAACCUCACCGAGCGCCAAAUAAAGAUCUGGUUUCAGAACAGGAGGAUGAAGUACAAAAAAGAUCAGAAAUCUAAAGGCAUAAUGCACUCUCCCUUAGGACACUCUCCGGACAGAAGCCCGUCGUUAAGUGGCUCGAAUCACAUUGGAUAUUCUGGUCAGCUUCCAAACGUAAACGGCCUAAACUACGACGCGCCAUCUCCUCCGUCCUUCGCCAAACCGCAACAGAACAUGUACGGCUUGGCAGCCUACACGGCGCCACUGGGCGGCUGCAUACCGCAACAGAAAAGAUACCCGGGAGCAGAGUACGAGCACCACAGCAUGCAGGGGAACGGGAGCUUUGCGAAUGCCAAUUUACAAAGUAGCCCUGUUUACGUCGGGGGAAACUUCGUUGAUUCGAUGCCAGCGUCGGGCCCAAUGUUCAACCUCGGUCAUCUUCCCCAUCCCUCAUCCGCUAGUGUGGACUACAGCUGCGCGGCUCAGAUCCCGGGUAACCACCACCACGGACCGUGUGACCCCCACCCCACAUACACAGACCUCAGCUCUCACCACGCGUCUCAGGGAAGGCUGCACGAUGCACCCAAACUGACGCAUCUGCAAACACUGCUGCCCUCACUAUUUUCACCAAACAACUCACUGAACUGGAGAAUGAGUUUCACUUCAACUACUUGUUUAACUACUUAAACAAAUUAAGAAGAACCGAACAAGUACCUGUGCAAAUCAAGAAGAACUGAAAUAGAUCGCGCUGUGCACCUGAGCAGGACCCAGGUGAAGAUCUGGUUCCAGAGCAAGCAGAUGAAGAGAAAGAAGGAAGGCCUGGUUCCCCCAUCUGCUCUGUCACCACACUGCUCUCGCUGUCAAGAUGAAAGUGCCUGGAACUGUAGCUACAUCAAACAAGCAGUUCAUUCAAACUUUACUCAUGGUGUAGAUUCUAGCAUCUAAAUGCCCUUACUGAUUUGCAUGAAUAUGUCAU